AUGUCACCGAUCUAUGAGGCACGUGAUGAACCACCGAUGGAUGAGUGGUUUGAAUUCAGAAGCCACACACUGCGAGAAGUUCAAAAUGUUAUUUCCUGUUCAACAGAUAAUCCGAACGACGAAAAGCAAGAGCUUGAUAUGGCGGGGUUUCUAGCGUAUCACGAGCCUGAUAUCGUCUCAAUCCUGGUUAUCAUCUCGUUCUUCUUCUUUCUAUCUAUAGCAGAAUGGGUGUCGACUAAAAUCAUUCGGGCCGGCAUUAUUGGCCAGAUCGCGGUUGGGAUCAUCUAUGGAAAGCCUCUUGCCAACAUCUUGGAGCACACUUGGCAGGAGACCUUUCUCGCCAUUGGCUAUGUUGGCCUCAUUUUGAUCAUCUUUGAAGGUGGUCUCCAAGUGAGACUGGAUCUGUUGAAACAGAACUUCCUUCUUAGUGUGGUUGCAGCUGCUACCGGUGUCUGUUUUCCAAUCGGUCUUUCAUAUCUACUGCUGUAUCUCGGAUACGGCUACGGCGCGGUGGAAACUUUCAUCAUUGGAUCUGCGCUGUCAGCCACCUCCUUGGGCACUACUUUCUCAGUCAUAUCGUCUGCCUCGGAGGCGAUCGAUCUCUCCCAGACCCGGGUUGGAUCAGUGCUUGUCAGCGCCGCCGUUAUUGAUGAUGUAGUUGGCCUUGUAUUGUCCAGCGUCAUCAGAGAUCUGAAAAAACUCUCUGGGCCCGAAUCUGGAAGUGCGAAUUUAGGCUGGAUCAUCGGCCGUCCGAUCGUGGCAUCUGCAGCCAUGGCGAUUCUCACUCCCGUCUUCACCAAGUGGCUUUUUGCUCCCAUGUUUCGACGCUACAUUGAGCAUAAGUUUGCCAAAUACGAUCACGUCUCCAACAUUCUUUUGAUGGUCCUGGUACUCUCUGCAUUUAUCAGUAUUGCCGCUUACGCAGGGACUUCCGUGCUCUUUGGUGCGUUCCUUGCCGGCACGUUCCUCACUUACUUGCCGAGCAAGCAUCCAGAUGGUCCGUUUGUGGUGAUGACUCGCGAGGAAGGGGAACAAAAUGCACUCAAAAGCCCCACGUUCACGCAUACAUUCGAGAUGUACCUUUUCGAUACGCAGAAGUAUCUCAUGGAGCCGCUGUUCUUUGCAAGUAUCGGAUUUGCCAUUCCAUUUGUUUCGCUCUGGACUGGAAAGCGCAUCUGGAGAGGCAUUUUGUAUACAUUGCUUAUGGCGAUUGCAAAGUUCAUCGUAGGCGUUUGGAUCCCGGGUUGGAGAUCCUUCACCGGGCCGAAGAAAAGAUCAGACAAAGCCAGCGACUCAACAGCCAAGAAUGACAGGAACGGCGGAUAUGGUUCAGCAUCCCUGGCUGGUUUACUUCUUGGCUCCGCGAUGGUGGCACGAGGUGAGAUUGGCCUUCUCAUCAUUGAAAUUGGCUACAAUGAGACGGAAUAUGUAAGCGAGGAAGGCCUCAUCACUGCCGUCUGGGCUAUACUCCUGAAUACGAUCAUCGGACCAGUGGUCGUGGGUAACCUGGUCAAGUACAAGGGCAAACGUAUCGGCGAGGGUGAAUGGGGCUUACAGACACAGGGCCAUCCACUGUUGACAGAGUCAAGCACGCAACAAGAAGCGUGA